UCAAUCCCUGCGCGUUGCUUAAAAAAAAAGUCCCUGAGCAAAUCUCUCUUCCGGGGCGAGCUCUCCCGAACAGCCUAGGGUUUGCCGCCGCCGGCGUCGUCAGGCGCGUCCUACCCCGGCGCCUGACCUGCUCCUUCGCCCCUAGUCCACGUCGACGCCGUACUCUUACAGUCCAUCGUCCUCCGCCCCUGGGAACUUGUCGACCUCCACGCCGUGAUCCCGAGCCUGUGCUCCUCCGCCCUUGCACAGCGGUCUACGGAGCGCUCAUCCCUCCCGUUCUCUACUAGAUGUCUUUUACGUUUUUUUUUUCUGUUCAUGUGAUGAAACCAUGUAUAGAUCUGAGAUUAUAUGGAGGUGGGAAUGCAUGUGUGCAUGAUCUUAUGUACUCCCUCCGUUCCUAAAUAUUUGUCUUUCUAGUGAUUUCAAAAAGUGACUACAUACGGAGCAAAAUUAGUGAAUCUACACUCUAAAAUAUUUCUAUAUACAUCCGUAUGUGGUAGUCAUUUGAAAUCUCUAAAAAGACAAAUAUUUAGGAACGGAGGGAGUAUAUGUGAUGAUUGAUUAUAUGUAAUUUUUUACCAAUGAUGUUAUACUCUUAGCUGGUUGCAUUUGCGCGGAAAGUUUAGUACCAAUGGUGAUGCUAUUCUUUCAUAAAAUUACAUUUCUGUUGAUUCAUAUCACACUAAGCUGUUUAUGCAAAGAAGAAAUGGAAAACCACAAUAGACCAUUAGUUUUGAUGUUUGCUGUUACAUCUAAGCUUCUGCUGUGAAUUUACUUGUAGGGCCGAGAUGUCUGGUGAACGCAAACAAUUGGAACUUCAUACACGGCUUACUAAAACGGUGGUCGAAAUAAAUGGUGAUUGCCCUGAUCCAACUCCGGAAGAUGAAAAUAAAAGAAAAUACUUCCCCAUGAUUGGUACAAUUGUUGUGGCGGCACCAGACUUCUGCUUCGUGGUAGUGAAAAGUUCUUUAAUAGAAAAACAUGGAAUUUACACAAUUAAUCGUGAUGGAAAGUAUUAACAUUAAAGCCGAAGACUUUAUUUUAUCAAUUGGAACUUUGGCUGGGUUCUAUCUUUAUCACAACCAGUUACCAUAUGAUAUCAAGAAGGUGGAAGCUGUUGAAUUUGGUGAAGAAGUUGAAUUGUUUGAUGUAGUUUAUCUUUGUGACUUAACAUUUGGACUUACUAAGCUGUCCUUUGACCUCACAGAUGGUCAUGUCAUGGAUACAGAGGAAGUCAAUUUUGUCCAUAAUUGUGCUCAAAGCUUGCACACUGGCCAAGGUGCACCUGUUUUUUCUGGAAAGGGUAAACUUGUCGGCCUAUGUAUUCUGAACAUACAAGGCCCAUCCAUUGCUCUCACUGUGACCCAAAUAAAACAGAAUCUGAUGAGGAUAUACAAAACUAAGACACUCGAGAAGUUUUUUGAAGAAGUACGGGCAUCAGCAGGAAAUGCCAAGGCGCCAGCUUCAGCGAUGGUACAGCCUGAAGAGUGAAGAGCAAAACGCCAAAAAGCAGGAGUUCUAGAUGAGACAAUGAAUGGAGAGGGUGGCGCAGCUUAAAUCAGUUAUUCCUUAGCAUGCUUGUCUACUCAGAUAUUUAUGAUACUGCAUUCUAUCGACAACCAUCUAUUUCAUUAUAUAUAUAUUUUUUGUCUGUACCUAGUAUUAUUUCU